AUGACUACAACUCUUACUCCCACGGAGGAGGUAGAACACCAGCUGCAGGCACAUCCGUUGACACAAUCUUUGCGUUCAGACUCCACGCUACUCGAAACUCGCUACUAUCGAUAUGUACCGGAAUCUCUUCGUCCGCAGAUGUUUACUCUCGGCAGCCUUGUUGGGCCCGGUAAGCUACCCGUCCCCCCUCUGGCUUUCUAUAGAGCUGAGGGUGAAUGCUUCUACCUGAUUCUGUACAUUGGAUCAUCUGUGGCGGGCUAUCCGGGCAUGGUCCACGGAGGCAUGCUGGCGACGCUUAUGGACGAAGGGUUGGCGGGUUGUGCCAGUGCCACUUUGCCAAUCCAUGUGGCUGUAACACUUCACCUGAGCGUUGAUUAUCUAAAGCCGGCCCCGACAGAAGCCUUCUAUGUGCUCAAGGCCAAGGCUAGCAAGCUGGAAGGGCGAUCGGUUUGGGUGGAAGGCCAAUUAGAGAUCCUGGAGAACGAUCGGUGUGCUGGAGAAGUCUUGGUUAAGGGUCAUGGGGAGUAUAUGCAGCCCCCUUCUACGCGAUCAUUUUAUUCAAUUCUCUGA